AAUAUAUUAGCAAAAUGAAUAAGCUGGUUACAUUAAAUCAAAUCGUAUCGAGGAGCGCGCGUUUCAUUCAAGAUUUAAAAUAUUGAUUUGCUAGUCGACGAUAACGCUACUGCUCAUGCUCGUUAAGCUUUCACUGUCGGUUAAAAGCUCGAAACUCAACCAAAAAAUGUUCGCCACUAUGUCGCUAGCUUGUUGUUACUAAUAAAAUGUUUAUUACACGUUAAGAUUUAUCGUUGCUUUAUACUGAAAUGUAGUCUAUAUGAAUUGCCGUAAAGGCAGAUUUCGUCGUCGUCCAAACUGUUAAAAAAAAGGUAGGUCAAUUGUAUUACAUUUAUAGACACAAUAAUUAAAACAGUUUGAUGCUGCAGAUUACAAAUUUGAUACAUAUCUUCAUUUUUAUCAUAAGAAGGAAAUGUUUACAUGCUUCACGUUCUCUACAUGUUUAUAUAAUCUUUUCGUUAUAUGAUUAGUUCAUUGUUAUAUUGAAAUUAAAAUUAAUAUUUACAAUUACAGGCCUCACCAUUGCGAACAUAAUUCCUAUUAUGAUGUUGGGGCGCAAGCAGAGCCUCAAAGGGGAACCCGUCUUGGCCGAUUACGGGCCAGAGGAGUCCCUCAAUGAGAGCGCUGACAUAGAAUGGGUGAAUAAGCUAUGGGUUAGAAGAUUGAUGAGGUCCUGUGCUCUAAUGUCUUUAGCUUCAGUUUGCUUAAACACUCCAAAGACUUUUGAAAAAGUUCCACCCCUUCAGUACUUUACUUUUGUUUGUGACUUGAUUAUUACAUUCUUAUUUACUGCUGAAAUGAUUGCCAAAAUGCAUAUACGUGGUAUACUGAAGAGGGAUAAAUCUUACUUAAAGGAUCACUGGUGCCAAUUCGACGGGAGUAUGGUUGUCUUCCUUUGGUUGUCCGUAAUUUUACAAAUGUUUGAGAUGUUAGGUUUCGUUUUGAAAUUCAGUUAUGUGUCGAUACUACGAGCACCACGUCCAUUGAUCAUGAUACGCUUCCUACGAGUCUUCCUUAAGUUCUCUAUGCCGAAAGCUAGGAUCAAUCAAAUUUUCAAACGUUCGAGUCAGCAGAUAUACAACGUGACUCUUUUCUUCCUUUUCUUCAUGUCCUUGUAUGGUCUUUUAGGUGUUCAGUUCUUUGGUGAAUUAAAAAAUCAUUGCGUUCUGAACACAACAGAUCCGAAACAUAUAACGAUUAACAGUUUAGCCAUUCCCGAUACUUUCUGUUCCACUGAUCCUGAAUCAGGAUAUCAAUGUCCUGAUGGGAUGACUUGUAUGAAACUUGAGUUGUCCAAGUACAUUAUAGGUUUCAACGGUUUCGACGAAUUUGUUACCAGCAUUUUCACUGUUUAUCAAGCCGCAUCUCAAGAAGGAUGGGUUUUCAUUAUGUACCGUGCAAUAGACAGUCUACCUGCUUGGCGUGCUGUUCUCUAUUUCAGUACAAUGAUAUUUUUUCUAGCAUGGCUUGUGAAAAAUGUCUUCAUUGCUGUCAUCACAGAAACAUUCAACGAGAUACGGGUACAAUUUCAACAGAUGUGGGGAGUCAGAGGACAUAUCAGUAAUAAUACAGCAUCACAAAUUUUAACUGGUGACGAUAAUGGCUGGAAAUUGGUAACGUUGGAUGAAAAUAAACACGGAGGAUUGGCUUCUCCUAUAUGCCACGCCAUACUUAGAUCUCCUCAAUUUCGUAUGGUGGUGAUGUGUGCAAUUUUGGCGAACGGUAUCACUACGGCGACCAUGAGUUUCAAGCAUGAUGAAAAACCACGGCACACUUAUUACGACAACUAUUAUUAUGCCGAGAUUGCGUUCACGAUAUUCUUGGAUCUGGAAACGUUGUUCAAAAUCUGGUGCCUAGGAUUCCGCAGUUAUUACAAGCAUUCGAUUCACAAAUUCGAGCUGUUACUAGCAAUUGGUACAACCAUUCACAUCAUUCCGUUCUUCUAUCUUUCUGGAUUCACAUAUUUUCAGGUUCUUAGGGUAGUCAGGCUGAUUAAAGCAUCCCCAAUGUUAGAAGACUUUGUAUAUAAAAUAUUUGGACCUGGAAAAAAAUUAGGAAGUCUUAUUAUUUUUACCAUGUGCCUGCUGGUUAUAUCAUCCAGUAUUUCUAUGCAACUUUUCUGUUUUCUUUGUGACUUCACGAAAUUUGAAACAUUUCCAGAGGCAUUCAUGUCUAUGUUUCAAAUUCUAACACAAGAAGCUUGGGUUGAUGUUAUGGAUGAAACAAUGCUAAGGACACACGAGACAAUGGCACCUUUUGUUGCCAUGUAUUUUAUUUUAUAUCAUCUUUUCGUCACACUGAUUGUGCUUAGUUUGUUCGUUGCCGUUAUUUUGGACAAUCUUGAAUUGGAUGAAGAUAUUAAGAAAUUGAAGCAAUUAAAAUUUCGUGAACAAAGUGCCGAGAUAAAAGAAACUCUACCAUUUAGAUUACGAAUUUUUGAAAAAUUCCCCGACAGUCCUCAAAUGACAUGCUUGCACAAAGUGCCAUCAGACUUCAAUCUUCCAAAAGUACGCGAAAGCUUCAUGAGGCAGUUUGUAUUUGAGAUGGAAAAUGAAGAAAACGAGGGGGUGAAGAAAAUAAAUGAAACUUUUGAUUCGAAAAUGAUAUACAGAAAACAACGUCCAGUAAAGAUUUUAAAUAAUCCACCAAAAGUAAGAAAUGUUGUUACCAGUUUGAAAAAAGCAGCUGUUAUUUAUAUCAUAAAUGAUUCAAACAAUCAGAGGCUAUUACUAGGUGAUUCUGCUAUGAUACCAGUACCAGGAAAGGGUCUUUUGAAGCCUCAGGGUACUGUUAGCAGUGCCAAGCAAUUACGCAUAGAUCAAAAGAAAUCCAUUAGAAGAAGCGUUCGUAGCGGAUCAAUCAAGUUGAAACAAACUUAUGAACACCUAAUGGAAAAUGGUGAUAUCGGAGGUAUAAAUAGAGUUAGUUCAUCUCGAAGUAGACCGCAUGAUUUGGACAUAAAAUUAUUGCAAGCUAAACGUCAACAAGCUGAGAUGAGAAGAAAUCAACGCGAGGAGGAUUUGCGUGAAAAUCAUCCAUUUUUCGAUACACCAUUGUUCGCGGUACCGCGAGAGAGUAAAUUCCGCAAAAUCUGUCAGUCGCUCGUUUAUGCGAGAUACGAUACAAACGUGAAAGAUCCGUUAACUGGAAAAGAGAGGAAAGUUCAAUAUAAAAGUUUGCACAAUUUUCUUGGCUUGGUCACGUACCUCGAUUGGGUAAUGAUCUAUGCGACGACGAUGUCUUGCAUCUCCAUGAUGUUCGAAACACCACGAUAUCGCGUGAUGGAAGUACCGGCGUUGCAGAUCACCGAAUACGGUUUCGUGAUCUUUAUGAGUAUCGAAUUAGCUCUUAAGAUUCUGGCGGACGGAUUGUUUUUCACGCCGAAGGCCUAUAUCAAAGACGUGGCUUCCGUUUUGGACGUUUUUAUCUACGUCGUCAGUCUCGUGUUUCUCUGUUGGAUGCCGAAGAGCGUGCCACCGAAUUCUGGCGCCCAACUUCUAAUGAUCUUACGAUGCGUUAGACCGUUAAGGAUCUUCACCCUUGUACCGCAUAUGAGGAAGGUCGUUUACGAGCUAUGUAGGGGCUUCAAAGAGAUCUUAUUGGUGUCUACUCUGUUGUUUCUGUUGAUGUUCAUAUUUGCAAGUUAUGGGGUGCAACUUUACGGAGGUAGAUUAGCUCGUUGCAAUGAUCCCACUAUAUUGAAACGUGAAGAUUGCGUUGGAGUGUUCAUGAGAAGAGUUUUCGUGACGAAAAUGAAACUACGACCGGGCCAAAAUGAAAGUUAUCCAUCUAUACUAGUGCCACGAGUUUGGGCUAAUCCUAGGCGAUUUAAUUUCGACAAUAUCGGUGACGCGCUGAUGGCACUUUUCGAGGUACUCUCUUUCAAAGGUUGGCUCGACGUUAGAGACGUUCUUAUCAAAGCUCUUGGUCCCGUCCAUGCUAUUUAUAUCCAUAUCUAUAUUUUCCUGGGCUGUAUGAUUGGUUUAACAUUGUUCGUUGGUGUUGUUAUCGCUAAUUACUCUGAAAACAAAGGAACCGCGUUACUCACGGUCGAUCAAAGACGAUGGUGUGAUUUAAAGAAACGAUUGAAAAUUGCUCAACCAUUGCAUUUACCGCCUAGACCAGAUGGAAAGAAAUUUCGAGCCUUUAUCUAUGACAUCACUCAGAACAUAUAUUUCAAAAGAUUCAUCGCUGUCAUGGUACUAAUAAACAGUGGUCUUCUAUGCGUUUCUUGGAGAAUCGAGGAAGAACACACGGAAGCACUCGCUACGGUGUCCACGAUUCUGACACUGAUCUUCCUUGUAGAGGUAAUUAUGAAAAACAUUGCUUUUACACCACGUGGCUAUUGGCAGUCCAGAAGAAACAGAUAUGAUUUGCUCGUGACAGUCGUCGGUGUUAUUUGGAUCGUCAUUCAUUGUACAAUGAAGAACGAUUUGUCAUACGUUAUCGGCUUUAUGGUUGUGAUCCUUAGAUUCUUCACCAUUACCGGGAAACAUACGACUCUCAAAAUGUUAAUGUUAACGGUUGGAGUAUCCGUUUGUAAAAGUUUCUUCAUUAUAUUCGGCAUGUUUCUUCUUGUUUUCUUUUAUGCGCUAGCAGGCACUAUCAUCUUUGGAACAGUCAAAUACGGUGAAGGUAUAGGAAGGCGUGCCAAUUUCGAAUCACCUGUGACUGGUGUUGCCAUGCUAUUCCGUAUUGUCACCGGAGAGGACUGGAAUAAGAUAAUGCACGAUUGCAUGAUACAACCGCCGUAUUGCACUCCGGCUGCUAAUUAUUGGGAGACAGAUUGCGGCAAUUUUCAUGCUUCCUUAAUUUAUUUUUGUACUUUCUACGUCAUUAUUACUUACAUUGUCUUAAAUCUUCUGGUGGCUAUUAUUAUGGAGAACUUUUCCUUAUUUUACUCCAACGAAGAAGAUGCAUUAUUGUCUUAUGCUGACAUCAGGAACUUCCAAAACACCUGGAACGUUGUUGAUAAUCAUCAGAAGGGUUUCAUACCAGUGAAACGGGUGAAGUUUAUUUUACGGCUACUGAAGGGUAGAUUAGAGACUGAUCCACAAAAGGAUCGGCUUCUUUUUAAGCAUAUGUGUUAUGAACUCGAGAAAUUAAACAAUGGUGAAGAUGUUACUUUUCACGAUGUCAUCAAUAUGUUAUCAUAUCGUUCAGUUGAUAUAAGAAAAGCUUUGCAACUCGAAGAACUGUUAGCAAGGGAAGAAUUUGAAUACAUCAUCGAGGAAGAAGUUGCGAAGCAAACUAUUAGAAAUUGGUUGGAGGGCUGUUUAAAAAAAAUUCGAGCAAGUGGAAAACAGCAAAAUAGUCUUGUGGCACGUUUGCGUGCGAACACUGAUCAACCUGUACCUCAACAAGAACAUCCAGAAGAAAAGGGGAAGGAAGUAGCUAAAGAAGAAGAAACUGAAAUAAAGGAUACCGAAGCAGCUAGACACAAAGUGAAAAAACCAGGGGUUCUUCCAAGAUCAGAUAGUAUAGGUAGUGGAUCAGGAAGAAAGUAUUUGACUCCAACAUUGUCAGAUCCUGCCUCCAUUAGAUCCGAAAAAGAUAAGAACACAGCACCUAAGAAAAGAAACAAUAGGCCACCACCGGCUGCGAAAAAUAAUUUACCAAAUCUCGCAGAAAGCACAGAACCAACCAGACAACAGCGAGAAGUUGUUAAUGCAAAGGCAACUGUACCAAAACCUUCUAGUGUUAUGUUAGAAGUUCGGGAAUGGUGGAAAGAACAACUGGCAUACAGUAGCGAGUCCAGUGAAGACGAGGUUUAAAUAAAUUCGUGUCUUACGAUGGGUAUUUUUAAUUUCAAAUAUGUGUUGAAUAUUUUUAAAAAAAUAUUUCAAUCAAAUUGAAAAUGAUCCAAACACGCAUCAUCAAGUUUAUCAAAAUAACAUUCGAAGAAGAAAGACCUGUAUUCAAUAUUAAACGUUUUAAUGUACCUUUUUAGUUCUUACCAUAUAAUUUCACAAGGUAGUUUCAUAUGUGAAAAUUUGUAAGCUGGACGUAUAGUAGAAACAUGAUUUGUAUUAAUUUUUUAAUUGUUAGUUUGUAUUAGAGUAGAACAUUUAGCAACAGUAUAUUACAUUGGAAUGAUAACAAAUAUUAUUUUAUUACUGCACGAGGGAAUUGUAAUAUAUAGUUUUAGUUUUUGAACUAUUUUAACGUAUCAUUUGAUACCAAGCUUUUCGAUGAUUAUUCAUUUUCACCCCUCAUAUUUCAACUUACAAAUACUCAGGUUCCACAGAGAUUAAUGUUUUGUAGAUAACAGCGCAUUUUUGAUAUAUUAAAGAUAAUUUGUUAAUUAAGUAUGUUAUAUAUAUAUAUAUAUAUUUUUUGUGCUAGUUAUUGGUGUUGAAAUGUGAAAUUUGUACAGAAUUAUAGAAUUAGAUACAGUAGGUUUUAUACAACAAGAAAUGUUAAAUCAAAUUGAUAUUGUCGAGGAAAACUGUGAGUACAAUGUGAAGUUUGAUAUAUUUAUGGAAAGAAAUUAGUACGAAUUUGUUCAUUUUCGAUAGAAACAUUACGUCCUGAAGGCCUGUAUUAUAACGAUAAGAAAGUAGGAAAUUUAAUACUGGUAGUUAUAAAGCUUUUGCAUAUGACUGUAAAUGUAGCGUUUUUGUUAUGCAUAUAGAUAUAAUAAAACCUGAAUGAUUUGAUA